CCUAUAGAAAUAUUCAAAUAGGUUCGAUUUUUACUGAAUUUUCAGUUCAAGUCUAUAGGAAUAUUCAAUCAGACUUUAAUGAGUAGUUUUUUGGGAUUUGGAUUUUUUGGAACGUGGCUUUGAACAGCAGCAGCAGACGCAUUGUUUUACUCUAGUAAUUCUAUAGAAAUAUUCAAAUAGGUUCGAUUUUUACAGAAUUUUCAGUUUAAUUCUAUAGGAAUAUUUGAUCAGAUUUUAAUAAGUAGUUUUUUGGGAUUUGGAUUUUUUGGAACGUGACUUUAAACAGCAGCAGCAGACGCAUUGUUUUACUCUAGUAAUCGUGUUUUAUCAGCAUGCCUUACCGUCGCUCUCUCUUGGGAGUUGCUUUUUCCUUUUUCUGAUCAUGUAUCUGGCUGAAUCAAGGUUACCUUAACAACUGAGAUUUUCAAUUCAUAUUUUGCCUGAAAAUGUAGGGGCUCAGCAGAGAAGAUAUCAUCCAAAAAUUUUGAACAGGAUACUCAAGUGUGGACAGAAGUCCACUUCCUAUUGGGAAGAAGAUGACUUGCAACCUGAAGAAACCUUCAUAAAUUCUGAGUAUCAUGCCGCUGUCCUUCUCAAUCCAAUAAGGCGAAUUCAAUGCAUCAAAUGAUGAGCCUUAUCAUCUCAGAGGAUUUGUCAUCACUUGAAGCAGAUUGAAUGUUAUGCCAAGCUCAACACAUGAUGGCAAGGAACUGCCAGAGGCGGCCUACACCACCAUUAUGAAUCAUAAAAUGCAUCAGUUGGCCAGACACAGAUUCAAGUUCCGGUCGAUGCUCUCUUGGGCUUCGUUGCAAGUUUAUCAGUAGAUAGAAUACUGUUGUCUGAAACUAUAUUCUACUUUUUACCGAGUAGACAAUGAAGGAAUUGUCACAAUGGGCUUCCUGCUUGUCCUAGCCAAAACAGUAGCACAUUUCCAAUGUCCAAUCCCCGGGUGGCUGGAUUUCUGGAUAAGGGUCAUCUCGUGGCCUCCAAGUAUAAUAAUAUCAUCUAAUGCCUAAAUCCUUAGCUGUUAUCCACGUGUUACCAAGAGCUUCGUCCAUAUUAUUUAGUGCCACGGCUCGCGUGCACGUGUCAUUGCCCAUGCAUCAACGUGGCCAAAAAUGCUAGCCUCUCUCCGAGUAUAAAUUCCGAAGAAAAAGCCUCAAACGGCUCUCUGCUUCAUCGGCAUCACCGUCUGAGCUCAGGGGAGGAGUUCGUGUGUAAAGCUCAGGGUAAAGCACGGAGAUACAGAGAGAUCAAGUUAUGUCAGGGGCGCAAGGAGCACAGCCCAAGGGGUCGAUGACGGCGACGACAUACGAGUCGGUGCAGGGAGGAGAGAACAGGACGAGGACGGACCUCCGCUCCGACAAGGACGAGGGCCCCAUCCAGAUCGACAAGCUCCAGGACAAGGUCGAUGAUGCCGCCGGCAAGGGUGGCCCCGUGUUUGGUGCCGGUAAGGAGGAGGGCAAAACCGACCUCGGCGUCUCCGGCACCGGGUGAACAACUAAAAGGCUUCUGCAAGGGUCGAUGCUCGUAACGAAGAUGCUUUCGGUUAUUACUCGUUAAUUAUAGUAGCCUGCUUGUAAUAAAGCUAGUUCAGAGACUGGAAGUUAUAGAAGAGGAACGUAAUAAACUCGCCACCUCCAUUUUGAACGUCGCACCACUCUCGUUUCUUUUGUGCUUGUGUUUGUAAUGCAAGUUUGUCUUCUUGAGCGAUUUUUGGAAGACGGA